CAAAAUACGUACGAAGGCCCACGAGCCUCACCGAUUCUCGAUCACGUCGCUGGCCCAAAGCAGCAUAAAGAGUGGAAAAUUACACAUGAAUACUUUUUUUUUAUAUAAAAUAAGUUUCAUAAGUAUUGAUUGCGGCAUUGAGAAAGAUCGUUUUUACUAUGACGAUUCUACCGGUAUACCAUACACAUCUGAUGCGCAGUUUAUAGACAGUGGUGUGAACAAUAACAUUUCACAAGAUUACAUCACAAACUCAUUGCCCGCACAGUUGUUAAGCCUCAGAAGCUUUCCAAGUGGAAGUAGGAAUUGCUACACUUUAUCAGUAUCGUCUGGUGUUAAGUACUUACUAAGAGCUUCAUUCUUAUACGGGAACUAUGAUGGCCUAAACAAUGCAGAACCAGACAAUCCAAUGCUAUUUGAUCUCGUGUUAGGGGUCAAUCUGUGGAAAACAAUAAACAUUUCUGAUGCAUCCAUUAUCUACACAGCUGAAGCUCUGACUGUGGCUGAAUUCGAUCUUAUAUCAGUGUGCUUGGUGGAUACAAAUUCUGGAACUCCUUUUAUAUCAUUACUCGAAUUGAGAGCAUUGAAGACCUCUCUUUAUCCAGCAGUGAAUGCAUCUAGUUCUCUGGUUCUCUGCCGCAGAUUGAAUGUUGGGUCAUCAAAAAAUCAACUACAUAGGUACCCUGAGGACCCUUAUGAUCGCCUCUGGGAACCCUAUACAUAUUCACCCUACUGGACUUCAAUAUCCACCACCUUCAAUGUCGAAAAUCCUCCAAAGGAUGUAUUUGAGGUUCCUUCCUCAGUUCUACAGACAGCAGUAAUGCCAACAAAUGCCACCAGCUUGAAAUUCUAUUGGGAUGCUAUAAGGGAAAGGGACGGCACAUUUUCUCAAUAUCAUCUUUUCAUGCACUUUGCUGAAAUACAGUCCAAUGCUUCAAACAGAACAAGUAUCUUUAAUGUUCACUUAAAUGGAGAUCUCUGGGAUGGCCCUUUCGCUCCGAACUAUCUUUCUAGUGGCCACAUUUACACUACUACACCUGGAUCACUGUAUCAGUACAAUAUAUCGAUCAACCAGGCUAACACUUCUGUACUACCUCCCAUCCUUAAUGCUGUGGAGAUCUAUUCCUUAAUCAAACUCAAAGAAUUGGCAACUGACUUCAGGGACAUUGUUGCUAUAAUGGCAAUCAAGGCACAUUUUCAGAUCAAGAGAAAUUGGAUGGGUGAUCCAUGCGCACCAAGAAAUUUUGUUUGGGAAGGCUUGAUUUGUAGCUAUAGUAUCUAUGCCCCACCGAGGAUCACAACUUUAAACCUUUCAUCCAGUGGGCUUACUGGUGAAAUACCUGCUACUUUGGCAAAUCUCAGUGAAAUCAAGUAUUUGGAUUUGUCUUACAACAAUUUAACUGGGGAAAUACCUGAUUUUCUAGCUAAAUUGACUUCUCUCCAACUUCUAAUUUUGACAGGAAACCAACUCAAUGGAUCGAUCCCUCCAGCGCUCCUCGGGAGAUCCACAGAUGGGCCUUUGAUAUUAAGUAUUGAAGACAAUUCUCCUCCAUGUGAUGUUGAGAAUUCAUGUAAUAAUAAGAAGAACAUUGCACCCCUCCGCGAGAUAUUCUUGGCAACUGCCUUGCUACUCUCUCUCCUGAUCGUAUUCUAUCUGCUGAGGAUGAGAAAAAAGGAGAAAGCAGAAUUGGUUUCAGAUACUAUUGUAAAGCUCCAGAAGGAAGGCUCGCAGAAGGCUCCAAUUCAAUCUGAGAGUCGGCAAUUUACAUAUGGAGAGUUGGAAAACAUCACUAACAACUUCGAGCUACAGAUUGGCAAAGGAGGUUUCGGGACUGUCUUCCAUGGAUAUUUGGAUGGCGGUACUCAAGUUGCAGUGAAGAUGCGCUCUCAAACAUCGUCUCAAGGCUCUAAGGAGUUUAUGUGUGAGGCUCAACUCUUGACAAGGGUUCAUCACAGGAACCUUGUUCCUUUGAUUGGCUACUGCAAUGAUGACCACUACCUUGCCCUCGUCUAUGAGUACAUGUCUGAAGGAAGCUUGGAGGAUCAUAUGAGAGGUAAAACAGACAGUACCAGAGUCAUAGGUUGGGAAGAGCGCCUAAGAAUUGCCAUUGAAGCUGCACAAGGGCUAGAGUACCUGCAUAAGGGAUGCAAGCCACCAGUAAUUCAUAGAGAUGUGAAGACCAGCAAUAUACUUCUGAGCGAGAAGCUGGAAGCAAAGCUAGCAGAUUUCGGUCUAUCGAAAUCUUUUCACGAGUCCCUCACUCAUGUAUCGACAGCAGUGGUUGGCACUGUUGGCUACCUUGACCCUGAGUACUACAGUACUUUCAAACUUAGUGAGAAAAGCGACGUAUAUAGCUUUGGGGUAGUCCUUCUCGAGCUCAUCACAGGCCAACGUGCUGUACUCCCGAGACCGGAGAAGUGCCACAUAAGCCACUGGAUGCGACAGAGGCUCGCUAAUGGAAACAUCAGUGAUUUUGUCGAUACAAGGAUGCAGGAGGUGUAUGAUGUGAACUCGAUUUGGAAAGUGGCAGAUUUAGCCAUGAAAUGCACAGCAGCAACCUCUUCUAGAAGGCCAAACAUGGCCUAUGUUGUAGCUAGGCUUAAGGAAGCAUUAGCGAUGGAGGCAUCAUCGCAGGAUAGGAGCUAUGAAAUGUCUGUGCAAGCUAGUGAAUCGAGUGAGAGUGAGACAUCUGAUGUUGCUCGUGGUGGAAGGAUAAAUCGAGUUGGUGGUCCAGCAGGAAGAUGAGAUGGAGGUAGUUUUCAAUUGGCUUGCAAAUAUUUGAGAUUUGCAAGUAUAGGUAGUUUUCAAAUUGUUUUUAAAUGUUUUUAGGUUUUUUCAGUUCCAAAUAUAUUGUGUUUUUGCCAUUGAGACUUGGCUCAAUAAUGGAAUGCGGUCGGAGAUUAGGAAGGUCUCUGAUUCAAGUCCUUCAACUAGCAAAUGAAAUGUUUAGCUUCUAAAUGAAUUGAUGAAUCUCGUCCUUCUCUCAGAUAGAAGAUUGCCGUGUGCUCUGCUCACUGUUCUAGUUCAUCAUCUGAACUCACAUAUAACGUUACUAGUUGCCCAAAAUGUGAAAACUUGAAGGAGAUUUCAUUUGAAUAACUACGGCUUCACUGAUCUUGCAGACAAAUUUGUUCACAGAAAACACAUGUUACAUCAAACG